AUGUCCAUGGGAGGACAUCUUGCAUCUGUGCACAGCAGUGAAGAGUACACCUUCAUCCGGGCUUUAGUGCUGAAUGCAACCAAAUCAAACUCACCAACAUGGUUAGGCGGCAUGGAUGCUGCACGGGUGGGAGCGUGGGUGUGGACAGAUGGGUCAGAAUUCAGUUACACCACCUGGUCUCCUGGACAGCCUGAUAAAAACACUCCUUUAGAGCGCUGUCUACAGAUGAAUUAUUACGGUAUCAUAAUUCAACAUUUCAUUACUGUGCAGAAAACCUAAAGCCUGGUAGUAUGACAAUACCACCAAUCACAGGCUUCCACACAUUCCUCUGCUACAUCUUUUCAAAGUACUGGACACAGCAUGACUGAGCUGCUAG